GCUUAUUUCGCAUCCUGUCUUGCCCCGAUAGCCACUGAGACAGACGCGAAGAGAGCGGGGGGGAGAGGGAGAGAGAGAGAGAGAGAGAGAGAGAAGAGCGAGAGAAGAGCGAGGAGAGAGAGAGCUUCAGAGUUGCAGAGUUCGAGUAACCCUCUAUUCCCCCUUUUGACCAUCCAUGAAACACCCUCUGCUGCGCUGAGAUUGCGAACGCUACCGUUUCUCCGACUCCGGCCAUGGCUCACAAGCUUCAGCAGCAGCUCAGGGAGGUGGGAUCCAAGCUCGAGACUCCACCCGCCUCUAAAGAUGCUCUAAUUAAGCUUUUGAAGCAAGCUGCAGGAUAUCUUUCUGAGUUGGAUCAGUCCCCGUCACCUUCAAUUUUGGAGUCAAUGCAACCUUUCAUCGAUGCUAUUAUCAAGCCAGAAUUGCUUCAACAUCAAGAUAGAGAUGUCAAACUUCUAGUUGCAACAUGUAUCUGUGAAAUAACACGAAUAACCGCACCAGAAGCUCCUUAUAGCGAUGAUGUAUUAAAGGACAUAUUUCACCUGAUAGUGGGCACUUUUAGUGGAUUAAACGAUACUAAUGGUCCUUCAUUUGGUAGGAGAGUUGUCAUCUUGGAGACCCUUGCUAAGUAUAGGUCGUGUGUUGUAAUGUUGGACCUUGAUUGUGAUGAUCUGGUCAAUGAAAUGUUCAGCACAUUUCUUGCUGUUGCCAGGGAGGACCAUCCUGAAAGUGUUCUCUCAUCAAUGCAAACUAUAAUGGUUGUUCUCUUAGAGGAGAGUGAGGACAUCAGAGAGGAACUCUUAUUUACCCUAUUAUCUACUUUAGGUCGCAAUAAAAGUAAUGUUUCUUCGGCUGCAAGGAGGCUUGCCAUGAAUGUCAUACAGAAUUCAGCUGGACAACUUGAAGCUGCCGUAAAACAGUUUCUUGUAACUUCAAUGUCAGGAGAUAACAAACCACCGUAUAAUCUGAUUGAUUACCAUGAAGUUAUUUAUGACAUAUAUCGCUGUGCCCCUCAGAUCCUAUCAGGAAUUGCUCCAUACCUCAUAGGAGAGUUACUGACUGAUGAGCUGGAUACUCGUCUAAAGGCUGUGGGAUUGGUUGGAGAUCUGUUCUCUCUUCCCGGCUCUUCUAUAUCUGAAGUUUUUCAGCCAGUUUUCUCAGAGUUUCUGAAAAGACUGACAGAUAGGAUUGUUGAGGUUCGUAUGUCUGUCCUCGUGCACGUGAAGAGCUGUCUACUGUCAAAUCCUCUUAGAGAUGAAGCAUCUGAAAUCAUUUCUGCCCUCUCUGACCGGCUGUUGGACUUUGAUGAAAAUGUCCGAAAACAAGUUGUUGCUGUAAUUUGCGAUGUGGCAUGUCUUUCCUUGAAUGCAAUUCCACUUGAUACUAUAAAGCUGGUUGCUGAACGUCUUCGAGAUAAAUCUCUACUUGUUAAAAAAUAUACAAUGGAGAGGCUAGCUGAGAUAUACAGGGUCUAUUCUGUGAAAUCAUCUACUGAACCAUCCAAUCCUGACGAUUUCAUUUGGAUUCCUGGGAGGAUUUUGAGAUGCUUUUAUGACAAGGAUUUCAGAUCUGAUAUUAUUGAAUCUGUUCUUUGUGGGUCACUUUUCCCAUCUGAGUUUCCAGUGAAGGAUAGAGUUAAACAUUUGCUCAGAGUCUUCUCAACAUUUGACAAAGUUGAACUAAAGGCUCUCGAGAAGAUUCUGGAGCAAAAACAAAGGUUACAGCAAGAGAUGCAGAGGUACCUGUCUCUUAGGCAGAUGAACCAGAUGCAGGAUGGUGAUGUUCCUGAGACCCAGAAGAAAAUACUGUUUGGCUUUCGAAUUAUGUCUCGGUCAUUUGCUGAUCCUGCAAAGUCUGAGGAAAAUUUUCAGAUUCUUGAUCAAUUGAAAGAUGCCAAUGUCUGGAGGAUUUUAAGUAAUCUUGUUGAUCCAAAUACCAACUUCCAUCAAGCUUGCAACAUGCGGGAUGAGUUGCUUAAAAUACUGGGUGAGAAACACCGCUUGUAUGAUUUUUUGAACUCAUUAUCUGUGAAGUGUUCCUAUUUACUUUUCAACAAGGAACAUGUAAAAGAAAUCCUUCAGGAAGCGGAGAUUCAAAAAUCUGCUGGCAGCAUGCAAGACCUCAAAUCUUCUAUGACUAUGUUAGUGAUUCUUGCACGUUUCAGUCCUGUGUUAUUCAGUGGGUCCGAAGAGGAGCUAAUCAAUUUUCUUAAAGAUGACAAUGAGACAAUUAAAGAAGGAAUUCUGCAUGUUUUGGCAAAAGCUGGUGGUACAAUCCGAGAACAACUGGCUGUCUCAUCAAGCUCCAUAGACCUGAUUCUAGAGCGGCUGUGCUUAGAAGGUACUAGAAGACAGGCCAAGUAUGCUGUACAUGCGUUGGCAGCUAUAACAAAAGAUGAUGGGCUAAAAUCACUUUCUGUCCUAUACAAGAGGCUUGUGGACAUGCUUGAGGAAAGGAGUCAUUUGCCUGCUGUACUUCAGUCUCUGGGAUGUAUAGCUCAGACAGCAAUGCCUGUUUUUGAAACCAGAGAGAAUGAAAUUGAAGAGUUUAUUAGAAACAACAUUCUCAAAUGCAAUUCCGAAGUGGGAGAUAAUGCAAAAACAUCUUGGGAGAAUAGAAGUGAACUUUGCUUGUUAAAGAUAUUUGCCAUUAAGACAUUGGUCAAGAGCUAUUUACCUGUUAAGGAUGCUCACCUCCGUCUUGAAAUCAACAAUCUUCUAGAGAUCCUUGGUAACAUACUUGCCCAUGGAGAAAUAUCACAGGAUAUUGAAUCAAGUUCAGUUGACAAAGCCCAUUUAAAGCUUGCUUCUGCAAAGGCAAUUCUUCGACUGUCGAAGCAAUGGGAUGACAAGAUGCCAAUUAACAUCUUUCACUUAACCUUAAAAACAUCAGAGAUAACGUUUCCUCAAGCUAGGAAAGCAUUCUUGAGCAAAGUUCAUCAAUACAUAAAGGACAGAAUGUUGGAUGCAAAAUAUGCAUGUGCAUUCUUAUUUAACAUAACUGGUUCAAAUCCAUCUGAGUUCGACGAGGAGAAACAGAAUCUGGCUGAUAUUAUUCAAAUGCAUCACCAAGCUAAAGCACGACAAUUGUCAAUGCAAUCCGAAACAAAUUCAACAACAGCUUAUCCUGAAUACAUAAUAACAUACUUGGUUCAUGCUCUUGCUCAUCAUACAUGUCCAGAUGUUGAUGAAUGCAAGGAUGUCAAAGAAUAUGAACUAGUAUACAGGCGUUUGCACUUUAUUCUUUCUCUUCUAGUGCAUAAAGAUGAUGAUGUCAAGUCGGAGGCUAAUACCACCAAAGAGAAGGAAAAUAUAUCUGCCAUUUUUUCCAUCUUUCAUAGUAUUAAAAAUAGUGAAGAUAUAGUUGAUGCAGCAAAGUCAAAGAAUUCAUAUGCAAUUUGUGAUCUCGGAUUGUCAAUCAUGAAGAGAUUGGCCCUGAAAGAGGAUGAUUCUCAAGGAUUGACUGAUUCAGUUUCUCUGCCUGCCAUGCUGUACAAAACGAAGGAAAAGAAAGAAGGAGAUGAAUCUGUUGCUGGUGAAAGUGAAGGUGAAGCACAAACGUGGUUGGUUGAUGAAAAUGUUUUGGCUCACUUUGAGUCACUGAAGUUAGAAGCAACAGAGGCGGUUUCUACAGAAGCUGCUGCAGAUGUGGUACAGAAUAAAGGUGAAAGAGAUGGUAAUGAUGUGCCUCUUGGAAAAAUGAUAAAAGGUUUAAAAUCCCAUGGACGGAGGGAAAAAAGGAACAAGAAGGUCAAGAAGAAACAUGUUGAAAAGAAAACCGCUGAAAAUGAUGUUGAUAUCUUGACAAUGGUGAGGGAAAUCAAUUUGAGUAGCAUUGGGAUUACUAGCAAGCAUGAACCAAGCAAUGGUCAUGAAGACUUACCUGGCAAGAGAACAAAUGUGGAUGCAAUGUCUAAGAGCAGAAAAAGAAAAACUAGCGAUGCAACAUCUCUUCCAGUCCCUAAACAUCAAAGGUCAUCAUCUGAUCGUAGUCGUGCUAGACCCAAGAGUAGAUCAAAGGCACGUUCAUCGGGUGCAGGAAACACCUUACUUCAAGGAGGAGUUUCUCCACUAGAUUCGAGUGAAAUUGAUAUGGGUAACAACCAUGGUUCUGAUGAUGAUAUAUCCAAGGAGAAGAAGAUUGGUGGAAACAGUGAGUCAGAGUUAUUGGUCUCAAGUUUGAAAAAGGCUACGGGUUUCUCUGCCAAACCCAAAGUCAAAGGCUCAGGCAUGAGUCAUUCUGAUCAGGAAAAUGACCUUGAAGAUUUCAGUGACCUUGAUGUCAAGCAUUCUAGUGUGCUGAAAAAGGUUGAUAAGAACAACACAAAUAACUUGAAAUCCUUAAGUGGGGCCAUCAAGAAGAGGAAACGAAGAAGCAUCGCAGGAUUAGCAAAGUGCAUGUUCAAGUAUGGUGAAAAUGAUAUCGAAGACUUAAUCGGAUGCAGAAUUAAAGUUUGGUGGCCUAUGGAUAAAAAAUUCUAUAAAGGCACAGUGAAGUCUUAUGACCCAAUAAAAAGGAAACACGUGGUUCUAUAUGAUGAUGGAGAUGUUGAAGUUCUCAGAUUGGAGAAGGAGCGGUGGGAGAUCAUUGGCAGUGAUCAGAAGUCUUCAAAGAAACUAAAACUGUCAAGGAGUCUUCCUUCCUUUGAAGUUAAACUUGGCUUGAAGAAUAAAGAUUCUGGUGGUUCGCAUUCAAUUAAGAAACCAUUUAAAAUAACGAAAGGAAAAAGGACCCCAAAGAAAAAUUUAAAGCUUGGUCAAAAUGGUGCAUCAAAAAUCAAGUUUUCGGAUGCUGGCGAGAAAGUGAGUUCAGACAUUUCAAACCCUGGAAUUGCCAAAAGGUCGAAUGUACAUGAUGAAAUGGACUCAGGUGAUUCUGAAGGGGAGCACACACAGACUCUCAACAAGGAGCUCACAGACCGAGAGGACUCCGACCGGGAAAUUAAGUCCGGUUCGAGAGGAAGUGGUGAAGGAGAUCAUCAUAUUGAGGAAUCCGAUGGAGAAGAGAAGCCUGAUGUUGAUGAUGAGGAGGAUAAACCUAAUGUUGAUGAUGAAGAAGAGAAACCCGAUGUUGCUGUUGAUGAACUUGAUGAGGAUCCUGAGAGUUCUGAGAAACAUGCUGAUAAUGCAAGAGAUGAAAAAGCUCAUAAAGAAGACAAGGAAGCUGACGAAUCUAGUUCGAGAGAGAACAUUGAUGACGACGAUAACAGCGACUCCGAUUCUGGAAAGAAUCAAGGGACCAUAGUCGAACAAAGUACUCCCAUAGAGGAGCAGAAAGGCAAGGCUGAGGAACUAUCUGACGAGGAGCCUCUUAGCAAAUGGAAGCAUCGAGCGGGAAAACGAGGCUUGAGAUGAACAGGGACAAAGUUGCUCAGUCGCUAGUAUAGUUGUCGAAUAAUUUCGAAUGGCCAAUGGCUACGACGUGGGGCAUCGAGAUCAUAGGUGCUAAGUGGAUGCCAAUUUCAGUAAAAAAAUGUGACAGACAGAUAGAUUAUACUGACCCAGUUGCUCCAGAGCAGCUACAUGUAGAAUGUAACAUAGCAGUCACAGUUUCUCACGUUUAGGGGAUCAAAAUAUUAAGAAAUCUUGCAGUAGGGGAUAGAUAAUUAGGUGUUCUGCAUAUAUUCCUAUGAUAAUGCUUUUGUUCUUUUUUUACUGCCUUUAUAUGACCUUUCUGAUUCAUAUGUUAAAAAGUGUCACAUGUAUAGUUGCAAUAUACAUGUUACAAUAUAUAAUGUAUUCAUGGUUGAAUUUUAA